ACAGAGAGCUGUUCUGACUUGUCUGUUUCUCUCUCUUUCUUCUCUUUCUCUGCCCCCUUUUCUUUUUCUCUCUUCCUUCCUCUUUUUCUUCUCUCUCUUUCUCUGUCCCCCUUUUUCUUUCUUAUUUUCUCUCCCUGUCUUUCUUUCUUGCUCUCUCUCCUCCUUUCUCUUUGUUUCUUCUCGCUCUUUCUCUGGCCCCCUUUUUCUUUUUUCUCUUUCCCUUUCAUUCAUUCUUUUUUCUUUCUCUUUCUUUAUUUCUUUCUUCUCGCUCUUUCUCUGUCCCCCCCUCUUUUCUUUUUUCCCGUCUUUCUUUCUUUUCUCUCUCUCUGUCGCCAUUUUUUUCUUUCUUUCUUCUCUUCUUUCUCUGUCCCCCCCUUUUCUUUUUCUUUCUCCCUCUCUCUUCCUUUCUCUUUCUGUCCGCCUUUUUCUUUCUUUUUCUUUCUUUCCUCUCUCUUUGUCCCUUUUUCUUUUUCUUUCUUUCUUUCUUUCUUUCUUUCUCCCCCCCCUUGCUUCCUUCAGCAUUGUUGUUGAAUCCUCAUCCUAUUAGUCAGGAGGUGUUGAUUUAAAUUUCCUCUAUAUUCAUUUUCAGUGCAUUUGUUCAAAUAGAUUAUCAUUUCUGUAGCAAUUCAUUCACAGGGAUUUAUCUACGAUAAAAAAAAUCAUUUAUAUGGCGAGUCUUUCCGUAAAGAAUCGUUGAUUUACCCAUUGUGCUUUAUUCCCUUACCUUUCGAAGCACGUUACUUAUAAUUGCCAGACACUCAAACCAGUGACGUGCGGUCAGGGGUGGCAGGUGAGGCAGGGCCUCACCGGCCGUCAUGAGAUGUAAUGAAUGUAAAUAAUGAUAACAAUAAAGAUUUGUCCAAUCAUCUGUGCUAUAUAUGCCAUUUCUGUAUGAUUCAAAUAAUUUCAAUCAUUUUUGCGAUCAAAAUCGCCGUAUUUGCCUAUUUCCUAUUCAAUUGCAGCGAAUAUGCAGCGACGUGAGGCAGCACCAAGCCGUGCCUCACGUCAGAUUGCGCAAUCCCUUGUUAACUGGGUUGAGCGCGUGCCUUUUGCUUACUCUGUGUAUGCUACCAACGUAAUGCUGUAUUAAAAUGUUUUUUAUACAUUGUAGACGUGUGUAUAAUAUGUCCUCACUUUCCUUAUAAUAUGUAAUGUUUUCUACGUAUGUGUAUCACUUAUUUAGUGUUAACAAUUUGACAUAAAGCCGCACUGAAAAGACAUGAGGUGAGGCAGGCAGUAGCUCUGCCGCAGUGCAGAGGGCAUACGUGAGCUCAGUUAUUCUUGUUUGGUGGUUGCUUCUUCUCUCCGUCGUCACGUAAAGUUUAAUUUGGACUGUUGUUGUCUUGUUCCGAUUGACUGCAACAAUGGAGGAUGUAAUAGCUCAACUGAAAGGUUUCUCAAAGUUGGACCUUCAAGGAAAACGGGACGUGAUAAAGAAUGGACGGCCGACGCCGGAGCUAAAGGAAUUACUUCAAAGGACUGAGCAGAAGAUAACCCGAUCGUUUCAAACCAGUGACAAUGUCUGGACUAACAUGGGAUUUUGUGACUUAAAAAACCUAACAAGAAGCCUCCUGAAACAUGAAUGCUCAGCUAUUCACAUUCAAAGCCAAAUUGCUUUAAAAACUUUUGGGACUUCUCGAAUAGAUGUGGCUUCGAAUGAACAGCACCGGCUAAACAUUAGCAUGCACAACGCUAAGGUGAAGGAAAACCGAGAGAUCUUAAAAUAUCUCAUUCAUGCAACCUGCUUCUUAGCCAAACAGGAAUUGGCAUUUCACGGUGAUGAUGAGAGUACAAGCUCUUCGAAUCGUGGGAAUUAUAUCGAGCUAUUGAAUGCUUUUGCCGAGAGAGAUGAGAGGCUCGGAAGACACUUGGAGACAUCUGUGGUAUUUUCUGGGUUGUCAAAUGGGAUACAAAAUGAUUUAAUUGAAGCAGUGGGAGACGUGAUCAGAAGUGAUAUCAAAAAGGAAAUCGAUGCGGCACCAUUUGUCGCUGUAGAAGUCGACGAAACAACGGACGUCACGAACAGAGCUCAGAUCUCUGUCAUUUUACGUUAUGUUGCCACAAGUGAGGCGGCCUGUGAAGUAAAGGAGGCCUUUUUAGGCUUUGAUGAUGUUAGUGAAGACCGAAGAGCCCCCGCAAUAGCCCAGUACGUCUUGGCAGUGUUGGAGAAAUACAACUGUCUGGAAAAAUUGGUAGCGCAGACAUACGACGGCGCAUCCAUCAUGUCGUCAGAGCUGAAUGGUGUGCAAGCAAAGAUAAAGGAACGAGUACCCGAAGCUAUGUUCACUCACUGUUAUGCACACAAGUUAAAUUUAGUACUGCAGCAUGCAACAAAACGUAUAGCUGAAUGCAGAGUCUUUUUCAAAACAGUUGAGGGGAUAGGGACAUUUUUUAACAAGUCCACGAAGCGCACUCACUUACUGGAUGAUGUUGUGAAGCAGCGUUUACCAAGAGCAGCGCCUACAAGAUGGAGCUCAAGUUCCAGACUGUUGCAAACCAUCAGCAUGUACCAAUCUGACCUGCUCGCGGUAUUCCGUAUGAUCAGCGAUAAUCCAGACGGUUGGGAUAAUGACACUGUAAUCAUGGCCUCUGGAUAUGAGCGGUGGCUGUCAAAAGCAUCAACGUGCUUUCUCAUUAUGGUGUAUGACGGAAUCUUCAAUGAAACGGAUGCGCUCUUCAGAGUGCUGCAAAACAAGGCCAUGGACAUUGGAUUUUGUUGUGCACAAAUUCGUGACACAAUUGGAGCUGUGAAAGGACAGAGGCAGGAGUUUGACAGUUUCUACGAGCGGUUUGAGCAGAAAUGCUCCUCACUCGGUCUGACAGAUAGUCAGCAGCCAGUCAGAGACGAGCGGAAACGAUUGUUCUGUAACAUUCUGGACAAUGUUGCAGCUCAACUGAAAGCCCGGUUUGAUCAUUUUGGUGAUCUAGCUUUCCUUGGUUUGGUCGAUUGUGCAAAAUUUAAUGGAAUGUCACAGCAUUUUGAUGACACGAAACUGCAAAGCUUGUCAAAUUACGCAAAGUUCUUUGAAUUCGGCAGACUAAAGGCUGAUCUGAUCGGACUGUAUCGCUCACAAACAGUGAGGAAUGAAUGCAAAUCCCCUGUACAGCUUCUCAGCUUUUUGGCCCAGAACAAACUGAUGCAGACGGUCCCUGAAGCGACCAAGUUACUUCAACUGGCCCUCACUAUACCGGCUACAACAGUGUCCGUGGAAAGGUCGUUCUCUGCUCUGAAAAGACUCAAAACGUACAGUCGUAAUCACACCGGCCAAGGACGUCUUUCAUCCCUGGCAAUCAUCGCCAUUGAGACUGAGAGACUUUUAAAACUAAAAAAAGACAAGGAGGAUUUCUAUGCCAAAGUCACAGAGAUUUUCGUCCAGAAGGAACAGCGCAUGGACUUCAUUUACAUGUAAAGGUAAGACCAGUGUUCGAAUCCUGUGUGUGUGUGUGCAUGUGUGUGUGAGAGAGAGCAUCCGCCGUGAUGCUGUGCCUUGCGAUGGAUGUAUGUGGCACCGGCCGUGGUGCUGUGGCCUGUUCUGUCUGUGGCAUCCGCCGUGGUGCUGUGUGGUUUGUUCUGUGGUUUUACCCGCUGUGUGGCCUGUGUGGUCCGCCGUGGUGUUUUUUGGAGGUAGGCUACUGAACCGCCAUUCAUUUUUCAUUCUUCCUUGGCCAAAUAUGUACCUUCAAAUGUACCUUAUGUAAAGAAUGCUGCUAUAAGAUAUGAAACUAAUCGGUAUUUGGCAAAUAUUUUGGUGCAUAUUUGAAAAUCUGAUUUUGGAAAAAGUCAGUGCCUCACUCGCCACAAACCUCACCGCACGUCACUGACUCAGACAUGUCAGAAGCAAAGAUUAGUUGGUGUUCUCGUAUCCCGAUGGUCACUGCACAAAAAUGUAGUUAUGUUUUAUAAUUCUAUGUAAUAUAAUAAUUCCAGAUGUGACCUUUUU